UUACUUUUAAAUAUGGUGAAGCUUAUUAAAAAAAAAUAUGGUCCUAAAAAAAUAACGCCCAAUUUACAUUUAUGUUUAAAUAUUUGUGAAUGCGUAAAUGACUACGGACCAAUGUAUGCAUUCUGGUGUUUUAGUUAUGAAAGAAUGAAUGGUUUAUUAGGUUCGUUUUAUAAUAGUAAUAGAAAAAUUGAAAUUGAAUUAUUUAAAACCAUACAAUCUUAUUCACUAUUGGAGGAACUUACAAAACAAGCAGAAGGUCAUUUUCAUACGUGUUUACAGUUUAUUAAGCAAAGAACUACAAAAGGCAGUCUUUUUAUACAAAAUGAAAAUGAUCGCUAUGAGUUUCUAUCAAUGUCUAGAAACAUCGAAGAAAGCUCAGGAACUGGUGUUGAACCUUUUUCAGGAGAAAUAUUAGGUCCUAAAAAUGCUCGAAAGAUCCUUUCGAAAGAAAUAUCAGAUAUAUUGACUAAAUAUUAUAACAACGCAUAUAAUUAUAGUUUCAAGUCAUUAAAUGAUAGGAAUAUCAGAAGAUCAGAAUCUAUACCAGUUUUGCCUAGAGUAACUGAAUUUGGAAAAGUAAAAAUCAGUGAUGAAAUUUUUGGUUCAACAUCUGCAGCAAAGCAAAAAAGGUUGGCAAAAAUUCUAGCCAAAUUUAUAUUAGCCAAUAGAUCUACCGACAUAUAUCCUGGAAUCGUUCAAUUCUAUUUUGAGCAUGUGGUACAGCUACCAGAAGGACCUAAAAAGCAUGUAUUGGUAUUUGUACAUUGGUUUAAACCUGUUGAUAAUCAUAAAAUUAGGUAUCAUUGCCAAGUAGAUGAUAUUUGUAAUAUUGAAUUGUGGAAUCGGAACUUUUAUAAUAUAAGUAGGGAUUGUAUAAUUCCUAUUCACAAUAUUUUAGGUCGAUUCAUUUCUGGUACUGUUAAAGUUGGAAAGAAAAACCUGAUAGAAUAUAUGUCAGUAAUACCUGUUAAUAGAAAAUUUCACAUAUAA